AUGUAUUGCUGUGGGCUGGGACACUGGCGGAGAGUGCAGUCCACCUAUGGAGAGCGUCAGGACUCGGAUGUCGUUGAGGAAAGAAACGCUCAGGUGCAGCUGGAAAAGGCCAAGUACAAGCCCGUGGCAUUCGCCGUCCGCUGUAACUUCUCCUACACGCCGGCCGACGACGACAACGUCCCCGUGCCGGGCCAGGCCGUCACCUUCGAGGCUAGAGACUUCCUGCACGUCAAAGAGAAAUUUAACAACGAAUGGUGGAUUGGACGGCCCGUGAAAGAGGAUGGUGUGGUGGGUUUCGUCCCGAGUCCGGUCAACCUGGAAACCAUUCUCAUCCGAAGGGAAGUCCAGGCGAGGAAAGCUGCCAAAGCUUUAGCCAACAAAGCAGCAUCUCAAGCAUCUCAAGCAGAUAUGAACUCAAAGAAAUACACUCCUCCUUCACAAGCUAAUCAGCAGGUGAAAAAGAAACCGGGGGAGCAGGUGGCCAUGUAUGAUGUAGUGCCUACAAUGCGUCCUGUGGUUCUAAUGGGACCGUCGCUGAAGGGCUUAGAGGUAACUGACAUGAUGCAAAAAGCACUGUUUGAUUAUUUAAAACAUCGAUUUGAAGGCAGGAUUACCAUAACGCGAGUCACAGCCGACAUCUCUUUGGCUAAACGCUCUAUCCUCAAUAACCCUGGCAAAAAGGCCUUAAUGGACCGAUCCAACACCCGCUCUAAUUUGGCUCAGAUCCAGGGGGAGGUUGAGCGUAUCUUUGAGCUGGCCCGCAGUAUGCAGCUGGUGGUCUUAGACGCAGACACAGUCAACCACCCUAUGCAGGUGUCCAAGACCUCCCUCGCCCCCAUCCUCGUCUAUGUGAAGAUUUCAUCACCAAAAGUGUUGACGAGACUCAUAAAGACUAGAGGGAAGUCUCAGACCAAACAUCUUAAUGUCCAGAUUGUGGCUGCGGACAAGCUCGCCCAAUGUCCACCGGAAAUGUUUGACGUCAUCUUAGACGAGAACCAGCUAACAGACGCCUGUGAGCACAUUGCUGAUUACCUGGAGUCCUACUGGAGAGCCACACACCCUCCGGAAAUGGAACCUGCAAAUGCGCUGGUGGCACAGCUGGCUGAGAACACACUGCCUGCCAGUCCUACUGCAACUCCGGAGGACCAGAAAAGUAAGAAGUCCGGUGCGCCCAAGAGGAAGAGCUCCCGUGAGAAUCACCCAGAGAAGGAGCCCCCUUCGGCCCCCGCUCACGAGCAGAGAGCCGAAGAGGGCCGAAGAGAGGAGGAAGUGGAGGAGCGGCCUCUGAGAACUGAACCAAAGAGACCCCAGCACAUCCACCACCAUCAUCGCCACCAUCACCACCACCGGGCGGAGCACCACGGCCACACCCAGCCCAGUCAGACCCCGGCUGGCGCCGACAUACAGGCCAGCAGAGAUUACGCACAGAGGGUCUCACGGAGGCACCCUCACGAGGAGAGGGAGGAGAGGGAGGAGGAGGCGGAGGACCUGGGGGAGGGGGACGAGGAGGAGAUACACUAUAACCACCGAGGCCAUAACCAUCACCAUCGAAACGGCAACCACCAUCACCACCACCACCACCACCAGCAUCACCGCGGCAACAGCCAGCCGCACGACGGGGAGGACUACGAGCAGGAGCACAACGAGCGCAACCGGGAGCAGAGGCCCCCCCACCACCACGCUCCGCCACGGACACACCACAAAGCUCACUACCCGGCACACAACCACCACGGCUACCACCAGUACCACGCCAGAGAGCGAGACAGAGACCGAGACCGAGACCGAGACCGAGACCGAGACAGAGAGAGACACAAGGACAGGGACAGAGACAGGGAUCGAGGCAGAGACCGAGAAGCACGACAGUGGCACAGAGAUCCAUACAUUCACCAACAAUGA